CAUACACAACAAUCAGGGCUGAAGUUUGUGCCGCCCUCGUACAUAAAUGUUGUAACAGUCAGUCAUAAUACUUCAUAUAUCAAAUAUAAAAUAUAAAACAGACGCUAAUGGAGUAAUAUAAAAUGACAAUUUGGUCUUACUUUUCCUCUAACAAACAAUAACACCUUCAAUCCAUGGAUACUCCUCACAGCAAACUAGAUUACAAGGAGGAAAUGGAAUCGAGUAACUUGGUGAGCAAUGAUCGUGUGGAUCGGCAUGGAAGGAUUGCUGACAAGCGAACAACUGGAGGAUGGAAGGCAGCUCCCUUUAUCAUAAUAAACGAGGUGACAGAGAGACUGGGGUUCUUUGCAAUCGCGGUGAACAUGACAGCAUACUUGGUUAUUCAAAUGCAUCAAUCGCUACCAGAUGCUGCUACUCAUGUCACUGACUGGAUUGGAGCUGCUUAUGUCCUCACUCUCCUUGGAGCCUUUCUAGCUGAUGCUUACUUGGGUCGCUUCAGAACCAUCAUUGUCUUCUCCGCCAUCUAUGCCAUAGGGAUGGUUUUGCUGACACUUUCAGCAUCCAUAGACAUAUUGCGGCCACAAAAAUGUGUGGCAAAACCUUGCAAGGAAGCAAGCCAAGGGCAAAUCUCAUUCUUGUAUUGUGCACUUGCUCUGAUUGCCUUAGGUACUGGAGGAAUCAAACCUUGUGUAUCCUCCUUUGGAGCUGACCAAUUUGACGAAGGAGAUGAGAAAGAAGUCGAAAAGAAAUAUGCAUUUUUUAAUUGGUUUUUCUUUGCCAUCAACAUGGGUGCUCUUCUUGGAAUCACACUAUUGGUUUACAUACAAGACAAAGUAGGGUGGGGUUGGGGAUUUGCAAUACCCACAGCUGCUACAAUUUGUUCUAUUUUUAUCUUAGUUGUUGGUAUUCGCUAUUACCGUUUUCAAAAGCCAAUGGGAAGUCCUUUCACUAGGUUUCUUCAAGUCAUAGUUGCUUCUAUUAGGAAUCAUCAAAAAGGUGUCUCUCUUCAAACUGAUACUCCUCUCUAUGAAGUCACUACCACACAUUCUGAUAUCAUUGGUGCCCGCAAGCUUCCUCCCACUCUACAAUACAGAUUUUUUGACAAAGCAGCGGUUAUCACAGAAACAGAAAGAGUUAACAACAGAUGGAAAGUAUGCACAGUGACACAAGUGGAAGAAUUUAAAUCCUUCAUCAAAGUACUUCCAGUGUGGGCAUCAACCAUUGCUCUAGCCAUUUCAUUCGCUCAGAACUCAACCUUCUUUAUAAGCCAAGCCAGCAUCAUGAACAGAAAACUAGGAAACAACUUCGAAAUCCCAACAGGCUCUGUUCCUGUGUUCGGAGCCAUCAACGGUCUCAUACUAGUACCAUUCUAUGAAAGAUACAUAAUCCCAUUUCUCCGCAAGUUCACAGGCUACCACCGCGGCAUCACAUCUUUGCAAAGAAUGGGUAUUGGACUUUUCAUAUCAAUCGUCGCAAUGGCAUCAGCUGCAGUGAUUGAAAAAGUUAGACGCGAACAUUACCCAGAACCAUUCAGCAUGAGUGUGUUUUGGUUGCUACCUCAGUAUUUUUUAGUUGGAAGUGCUGAAGUUUUUACUUAUGUGGGACAAUUAGAGUUUUUCUACGAUGAAGCAACGGACGGAACAAAAAGUAUUAGUAGUGCAAUAUUUUUGUCUGAGAUUGGAAUUGGAAGUUGGUUGAGUACUGCAUUGGUGAAGAUCGUUGUGGCUGCAACUGGUGGACAAGAACAAGGCUGGUUAAGAAAUGACCUUAAUAAAAGUAGGUUGGAUUAUUUCUAUUGGAUAAUAACAUGUCUUAAUGCCAUCAAUUUCUUGGUUUACUUGUUUGUGGCUAAAUGUCACAAAGGAAAUGAAACGCGUGUCAAAGAUGAGGACACUAUGGUUGAAUUAACCAAACCCCAAAACAUGCAACCUUGAAGGAGAAUUAAAUCUUCUAGUUAAUCUAUUAUUUAUGCAAAUCUCUCUCUAUAUAUAGUGUUCUUUACUUUA